CUGCUCGCGGAGGAGAGAAAUGCAGAAGCACCUGUUUGGGCAGGUUCGUUGAGAGCCACGCCGGCUUCCAAGUGGCACCAGAGGGAGGACGCCAUAAAGAUCACGUCACAUAACGUGAAGCUAAAGCUUGAAACAGCGCCCUCUGCUGGUGACCGCCUCCAGUGCUACUGUCUCAGCCCAUGUGACUUCUGACGUCUCGUCCGACUCAAAGGAAUGUGGGGGAACGAUCGCGGCGCUCACGGAGGGACCCGCUGUGGCUUCCUGACGGCCGCUUCGAGGAAGUCCGACCCGCAAACCCGCGUCCACUGCCACUGAUCCGCCAACUCUGUCGAACAUGGAGGGACAAGAGGCUAUGAACGUUUACACCGUGACUCUCACCGGCCCAGCGCCGUGGGGCUUCAGGCUGCAGGGCGGCAAGGACUUCAGCAUGCCCCUCACUGUGUCCAGGCUGACUCCUGGUGGGAAAGCAGCCCAGGCUGGUGUUGGAGUGGGAGACUGGGUCGUGUCCAUCGGUGAAACCAAUGCCGAGGAAAUGACCCACGUGGAGGCACAAAACACCAUUAGAGCGGCGACAGACUCGCUCACCCUCACCCUCAGCAAAGCGUUCAAAACAGGCGGCGACCAGAAGGGCUCACUGGGCGCAGCCUCCGUUCAGCCAAAGUACUCCUUCGCUCCCAGCACGGCCAUUAACAAGAUGGCCCGGCCGUUUGCAGCAGGUGGCGCACCUGGGCCCACCGUUAAACCUGUGGCCUAUUCGCCAAAACUUAGCAGCUCGCAUGCUCGGGCCAGUGCGCCGCAGCCGCAGAAUGGUCUUGAGCCAGCUCCUUCACCUGCCAGGACGCCGGCUGCGAAUAAACCAGACGGACGGCAGACUGCCGGGGCAGCAGCAGCAGGCGCUCGGGCUUCCUCCUCUCGCCCGCCGUGGGUCACCGACCCUAAUUUUGCCGAGCGUUUCCGGCCUGACAAGACGAGCACCGUGGUGACCCAGCACCAGCAGGUGGUCCAGCCCACGCCUAUGGAGAACCGCAGCUCCAUUGUGCAGGCAGCUCAGCAGGACAGCGUGGACAGCGGGAGGACGCCUUUGUGUGGCGCCUGCAACAAGAUCAUCAGGGGGCGAUAUUUGGUGGCCCUGGGCCGGUCCUGGCAUCCUGAGGAGUUCACCUGUUCGCAGUGUAAAGCUGUGUUGGAGGAGGGCGGCUUCUUCGAGGAGAGAGGGGCUGUUUUCUGCACCAAGUGCCACGACAACAGAUACGCCCCCAGUUGUGCCAAAUGCAAGAAGAAGAUCACAGGGGAAAUCAUGCACGCCCUCAAAAUGACCUUCCACGUGCAGUGUUUCAAGUGCGCUGCCUGCAGGACUCCCAUCAGGAACCAGGCCUUCUACAUGGAGGAGGGCGAGCCGUACUGCGAGAGAGAUUAUGAGAAAAUGUUUGGCACCAAAUGCCACGGCUGCGACUUCAAGAUUGACGCCGGCGAUCGAUUCCUGGAGGCCCUGGGCUACAGCUGGCACGACACGUGCUUCGUCUGCGCGCUCUGCCAAAUCAACCUGGAGGGAAAGACCUUCUACUCCAAGAAAGACAAGCCGCUCUGCAAAGGCCAUGCCUUCGCUCCAGUGUGAGGGACGGAGCUCCGUCUUCAGAGGCAGCACCUUCCCUCCUCUCCUCUGGUCUUCCACGUCCACAUCGUGAAGCCUCGGUUCACUGUUGUUGCUGCUCUUCUUCUGUAUGUUUAUGAUGAUGCAGCCAUUGGUCUGGUGUUUCCGAACUCAACACUGUCAUGAGGCUCUUUCCUUGUGCUGCCCACUGUGUACAGUUAAGCUCCAAUGAUGUUGAAAGAAAAAUAAAAACCUGUAAAUAAUGGAGUAGAAUGCGGGUCUCUCACUGCCAGCGACGGGAAAACCCCGCCAUUAACACGCCGCUUUGUUCUCACCGGUGUGAAAGUGUCCAGAAAACCCCAACCCCAACAGUGACAACUACCUCCACCACACGUCCAGUCAGGAGCUUGCCCCAAAACCUCAAGUUCUUCUGCUGAAAAGGUCAUUACUCUGAUGUAGUUUCAUGUAGAUUUGAGGUGUUCAAAUGGUCAUUGGGUGUAAAAUCCUAUGAGAUGAGUUGGACUCCAGCAACUCCUUCGUCUGAUGCCGAGCUGUGCAGCGGUUCAUGUGAUGCCAGUUCACUGUGGAGACUUUCACCAGCAGUUCUGGCGCCUUUCUUCAGCCGGAUCAUCGAUGCCUCUAACAAGCUCAACCACGGCCAUGAGGACCAGGCACCGCCGCGCGGAAGUGGCGGCGCUGGGCUGGACCCCAACACACUGCAGUGGCCAUUAGCCUAAUGGGGGUCCAGUCGGGCAGGAAACGUGGGAGACAGACUCGUGCUCGCUGAACUCGCAACUCUCCACCCUGACUCCAAAUGUGAGUCGUCCAUGCGGCUCCAAACUUUUUUUCUUCAUGAAAGUCUAUUUUUGUUCCUGGAA